CACCUAAUUACAAGUUAAUUCCAUUCCUGUCUAAAAAAAUACUCAGUGUGAGCAUUCAUCAAAAACUGAACAAAAAACCAAACAAUUUCUCAAAAGAGAGAGAAAGAUUGUUUUUAUUAAAAUAACAAACAAAAAGAAGACUUUUAUAAUUUGUUUGUUUAGAAUUAGAUUGAGAGAUUUAAGGUGCUUGGUGACUUCCAGGCACUCUCUAAAGACUUUCCUCUUUAUCCUUUUGUUUCUCUUCCUUUUUUAAAAUAACUACUAGUAAUAUCCCUAUUAAUCAUGUGCUAAUUGAAAUUUGAAAUUAUUUUAUUUAUUUUCUUCUUUCUAGGAAAUUUAAGAAAUACCCAUUUAAGAUUUAAGAAAAGAGAGAUUUAGGAGUAAUUCCCUGUUUUGAUUCCUGUUUCUUGUUUUAUAUAUUCCUUUCACACUCAAAUUUGGGAAAUUUUUGAUUAUAUUAGUUAAUAGGUCUGUGAUUCCUUCCAUUUUGGGUGGUGGUAGUGGUGUUAUUGGGUUGAUACUAUGGGCAAUUGCUUGGGUUCUUCUGCACAAGUAGACACUUUCAAUUCUAAUCCUACUUCUGCUUCAGGAGUAUCAAAAGUUGCCAGCGUUGGAAAGAUAGGCCACUCCUCAAAUUUGUCUAAUCCAACUGUCUCAAGCUCAAGCGUCAAAAGUAGCAAUCUUAGUCUUCCUACUCCAAGAUCUGAAGAUGAAAUUUUGUCAUCUUCUGGUUUGAAGGCCUUUUCCUUUAAUGAUCUUAGGACUGCCACCAGAAACUUUCGUCCUGAUAGUCUUAUCGGAGAAGGUGGCUUUGGUUAUGUUUACAAGGGGUGGAUUGACGAGAAUACACUUUCUCCGUCAAGACCCGGAUCCGGAAUGGUUGUUGCCGUUAAGAGACUUAAACCUGAAGGUUUUCAGGGCCACAAGGAGUGGCUGACAGAAGUAAACUAUCUCGGCCAACUACAUCAUCCCAACUUAGUGAAGCUUAUUGGAUACUGUCUUGAAGGUGAAAAUCGACUUUUAGUAUACGAGUUCAUGCCCAAGGGAAGCCUUGAGAAUCAUUUAUUCAGACGGGGGCCGCAACCUGUCUCCUGGGCAACAAGGAUUAAAGUUGCAAUUGGUGCAGCCAAAGGACUCUCUUUCCUGCAUGACGCUGAAUCACAAGUCAUCUAUCGUGAUUUCAAGGCUUCCAAUAUCUUGCUAGAUGCAGAGUUUAAUUCCAAGCUAUCCGAUUUUGGUUUGGCAAAGGCAGGGCCCACAGGCGAUCGUACUCAUGUGUCAACUCAGGUCAUGGGCACUCAGGGCUAUGCAGCACCAGAGUAUGUAGCUACAGGUCGCCUUUCAGCUAAGAGUGAUGUCUAUAGUUACGGGGUUGUAUUACUAGAACUAUUAACUGGACGACGUGCACUUGACAAAUCAAGAGUUAUCGUAGAGCAGAGCCUGGUAGACUGGGCAAAACCAUAUUUGGGAGACCGAAGAAAGGUAUUCAGAAUAAUGGAUACCAAACUGGAAGGCCAAUAUCCCCAAAAAGCCGCAUUCACAGUUGCUACACUUGCUUUACAGUGUCUUAAUCCCGAACCGAGAUCAAGGCCUAAAAUGUCCGAGGUAUUGGAGGAACUCGAGAAGCUGCAAGACCAUAAAAACUCUAAUAAAAGCUCCCAUGGAGGCUUAAAGAGCGUAUCGAGCCCCAUGAGAUCUCCAAUAAGAAACCACCAUAUACCAAUGCAUUUGACUCCCUCGGCAUCCCCAUUGUCAUCUCACAGGCAAUCUCCUCGUGUUCGUUGACUACAGAGAGCCUUUUUCAAUGUUUGUCGAUGUAUCCUCAGCUUGUGAAAUCUAUUGCUUAAUGUAUAUAAUGGUAGUGCAUCCCCAGUCGAAAAUGGCCCUGUGGCUUCAACCUUAGCUAGGCAAGAAGUAUAAUUACCGUGCCCUGUCCGUUUUUCUCUGAAAUCGAUCUCGAGAAGUGAAGUGAAUGUAGAAGUAUUGUGUUAUUAAUAUAAAUAAUUUUUAGGGUGUGAAGAUCAAGUUUUUGGGAUGUGGUGAUUAUUUUUGUUGCUUGUAUCUGUAAAAUAUGCCCUUUUUAGAGCUUACAAUGCUCUUAGAAUGCAUCUGUUGUAUCAUUAAUUAAUCAUCUCUUAGGUGUAUUAUUUUAUUUGUGAACAAGUUUAUGCAUUGUUUUCAUUUUACACAUGCAUUACAGAAAAACUUUAAAUUAGAAGUAAUUGUAUAAAUAUUCGAUUAAGGAUGGCGCACAUAUUGUGAAUGAUGAAUGCUCUAUAUCAGGAUGAGAAUCCAUGCGGGCGUAGUCGGAUUUUAUAUCGUUCCAAAUGAUCUUCCUUCUUGUACUGCAGGAUGGUCCUGCAAUUGAUCUUACAUGCAAGCCAAUUAGCCAAAAACGUGAGACCAAAAACUUUAAACUUGGGGAAAACUUGAGGUUUCAUUGUUGCAUUCUUGGUGUUCUUUGAAAAUCAAUACUGCAACGUCGUAAUGCUGUUGUCUAUGCAUGCUCAUUGCAUUAUUCAUGCACUUGGACUAGAUUUUUCAUGGUUCUCUUACCCUUAAAUAUUAUCAUAUGUGCCAAAGAGUUCCCCCAAACGCUUCAGUAGGAACAAGAAGUUCGUCCUAAUGAAGACAUGAUGUUUCAAAGUCGUGUUCCUAAUAUCUUAUGAGUUGCAAUUCUGCAGUUAUUCUCUUUACCCUUGUCGCAUUUUUACAUAUAGCUGAGCUUAAUUCUGCAUGGUUUUCUUACCCUUGAACAUUAUCAA